GGGCUCGGCGCUGCUCGUUCGUCAGCAAUGGCAAAGCCUCAGAGCAAGGAUUCUGGACUGAAGGAGAAGUUCAGGAAUCUCCUGGGGCUGGGAACAUCCCGGGGAAGUUCAAAGUCAUCGGAGGGCAAGCAAACAGAGUUUAUCAUCACUGCAGAAAUACUCAAGGAACUGAGCAUAGAAUGUGGAUUAAGUAAUAGGAUACGAGCGAUCAGUCAAAUUUGUGAAGUGGCAAAAACAAAAAAAAUUGAAGAGCAUGCAGUGGAAGCAAUAUGGAAAGUGGUAGCUGAUAUGCUCCAGCCAGAGCGCCCCGUUGAAGCCAGACAUGCUGUUCUUCAUCUGCUGAAGUCAAUUGUUCAAGGACAGGGUGAGCGAUUGGGCAUCCUCAGAGCACAUUUUUUUAAGGUUAUUAAGGACUAUCCCUCCAAUGAAGACUUGCAUGAACGGCUUGAAGUGUUCAAGGCUCUAACAGAGAAUGGACGAUACAUCACCUACUUAGAAGAAGAGUUGGCUGACUUUGUACUGCAGUGGAUGGAUGUUGGUUUGUCUUCCGAGUUUCUUCUGGUUUUAGUGAACCUGGUGAAAUUCAAUAGCUGCUACCUGGAAGACUAUGUAGCUGACAUGGUCCACAAGAUAUGCCUCUUGUGCAUUCAGACUUCGUCAUCUGUGGACAUAGAGAUUUCCUUGCAAGUCCUAGAUGCAGUUGUUUGCUAUAACUGUCUGCCAUCAGAGAACCUCCCAGUAUUUAUCAUCACUUUGUGCCGUACCAUCAAUGUGAAGGAGCUCUGCGAGCCGUGCUGGAAGCUUAUGCGCAACCUUUUGGGAACUCAUUUGGGACACAGUGCCAUCUACAACAUGUGCAGGAUCAUGGAAGACAGAGCUUACAUGGCGGAUGCAGCGCUGCUGAGAGGAGCUGUAUUCUUUGUUGGGAUGGCUCUUUGGGGUGCUCAUCGCCUCAAUUCACUUAAGAAUUCCCCGACUUCAGUGCUGCCUUCAUUUCUCAAGGCCAUGACAUGUCCCAAUGCAGUUGUGUCUUACGAGAUAGUUCUGUCCAUAACACGUCUAAUAAAGAAGUAUGGGAAGGAGCUGCAGGCUGUAACGUGGGAUAUCCUUUUGGACAUCAUGGAGCGAUUGCUGCAACAGCUGCAGAGUCUGGAGAGCCAAGAACUUAAGUCCAUUGUACAUGAUCUUUUGACUACAGUAGAAGAACUCUGUGACCAGAAUGAAUUCCACGGCUCUGAGGAGAGAUUUUUUGAGCUGGUGGAAAGAUGUGCUGAUCAGAGACCAGAAUCUUCUGUAUUAAACUUGAUAACAUACAGAGCUCAGUCCAUUCAUCCUGCCAAAGAUGGCUGGAUUCACAACCUGCAGAUGUUAAUGGAGAGAUUCUUCAGGAACGAAAGUCGUAGUGCUGUUCGUAUUAAAGUUCUGGAUGUCUUGUCCUUUGUCCUGAGUAUUAACAGACAGUUCUAUGAGGAAGAGCUGAUAAACUUGGUUGUAAUCUCUCAGCUGGCUCACAUUCCAGAGGAUAAAGACCAUCAAGUCCGAAAACUGGCCACUCAGCUACUAGUAGACCUGGCUGAAGGCUGCAACACACAUCACUUUAACAGCUUGCUUGAUAUCAUAGAAAAGGUGGCUGCACAUUCUCUCUCAUCUCCUUCUGAACUGGAAGAAAGGGACUUGCUAUCGUAUUCAGCUUCUUUGGAGGAUGUCAAGACAGCAGUGCUUGGACUCCUGAUUAUUCUUCAGACAAAACUCUACAGCUUACCCUCCAGCCACGCGAUGCGGGUGUACGAGAUGCUGAUUCACCACGUCCAACGCCAUUAUAUAUAUGCGUACAGCCUUGCUGUUGCUAGCAGCAUCAGAUUGCAGGUAUUUGAUUUCCUGCUGAUGCUUCGAGCUGACUCCCUCCAUCGUCUCGGCCUUUCCAACAAGGAUGGAGCCGUGAGGUUCAGCCCUUACUGUCUCUGUGAUUUUGUAGAAGCAGAGAAGAGGGCUUCUGAGAAAAAGCCCACUGGUACGCUCUCUCCGCCUUCAGGAAGUCCCAGUGUGCCUUCCCAGAACGCCACCGUUCGUAUAGGGCAUCUGCCAUACUCCAUGGUCUUCGGCGUCCUCCUGCAGUGUUUGAAGCAAGAGACAGACUGGAAGGUGUUGAAGUUGGUCCUCAACAAAUUACCUGAAUCCCUCCGCUAUAAAGUGCUAUUUUUAACCUCUCCUUGUAACAUAGACCUCCUGGCCUCUGCACUGAGCUACAUGCUCACAGACAAAAAGACUACCGACAGGCUCCAUGGUACCCCAGAAGGUUUUUCUCGCACUGAUUUGCAUCUGGCUGUAGUCCCAGUACUGACGGCAUUAAUAUCCUACCAUAAUUAUCUGGAUAAAGCUAAACAGCGUGAAAUAGUGUAUUGCCUGGAGCACGGUCUCAUUUAUCGCUGUGCAAACCAGUGUGUUGUGGCACUCUCAGUCUGUAGUGUCGAGAUGCCCGACAUCAUCAUAAAGGCACUUCCUGUCUUAAUUGUCAAAUUAACCCACAUUUCUGCUACAGCCAACAUGGCAAUCCCUCUCUUAGAAUUCCUUUCAACUCUAGCAAGGCUGCCUCACCUCUACAGGAACUUUGCGGCAGAGCAGUAUGCCAGCGUGUUCGCCAUCUCCCUACCAUACACCAACCCUUCCAAGUUUAACCAGUACAUCGUUUGCCUGGCCCACCAUGUGAUAGCUAUGUGGUUCAUUCGGUGUCGCCUUCCCUUCCGAAAGGACUUUGUCCCAUAUAUUACGAAGGGUUUGCGCUCAAAUGUCCUCCUUUCCUUUGAUGACACGCCUGAGAAGGACAGUUUCAGGGCUCGCAGUACAAGCCUGAAUGAGAGGCCAAAAAGUAGUUUAAGACUAGCCAAAAAUGCAAAGCAAGGCUUGAAUAACUCUCCUCCAGUGAAAGAGCUGAAAGAAUCCUCUGCAGUUGAUGCCUUCCGAUCCCGCAGCAUCAGUGUGUCUGAACAUGUGGUCCGCAGUCGGAUACAGACAUCCAUCACUAGUUCAAGCCUGGGCUCUGCAGAUGAAAAUUCAAUGGCUCAGGCUGAUGACAACUUAAAAAAUCUCCACCUGGAACUCACGGAGACCUGUCUGGAUAUGAUGGCUCGCUACGUCUUUUCAAACUUCACUGCGGUGCCUAAGAGGUCUCCAGUGGGUGAGUUUCUGUUGGCUGGAGGAAGGACGAAGACGUGGCUGGUUGGUAACAAGCUGGUGACCAUCACUACAAGCGUUGGAACAGGGACAAGGUCCCUGCUUGGCCUAGACUCUGGAGAGCUCCAGAGCAGCGCAGAAUCAAGCUCAGACCCUGUUUUGCAAGUGAGACAAACUAAAGAAGCUCCAGCAAAACUGGAAUCUCAAGCUGGGCAGCAGGUUUGCAGAAGCUCUCGCAACAGAGUCCGAUCCAUGUCUGGUGGUCACGCCUUACGUGUUGGUGCCUUAGACAGCUCAGCCUCCCAUUUUCCCAGUGGCUCGGCUUUCCAAGGGACACAGGGGCCUCCUGCUCCUACAUCUCGAUCAGAGAAGACCAAUGCUGCUCCACAGACACCUCUGCAGAAAGAAAAAGCAAACCUAGCUGCGUAUGUCCCGCUGCUGACACAGGGAUGGGCAGAAAUCCUAGUGCGCAGACCCACAGGUAACACAAGCUGGCUAAUGAGUCUGGAGAACCCGCUCAGUCCAUUUUCUUCAGAUAUUAACAAUAUGCCCCUGCAAGAGCUCUCUAAUGCACUCAUGGCUGCAGAGCGUUUUAAAGAACACCGAGAAACGGCUCUCUAUAAAUCCCUCUCUGUCCCUUCCUCCAGCUUGGCCACGGGGACAGCCAAACCAUCGCUUCUCCAGCGUUCCAACACAGUGGCCUCUUUCUCUUCCAUGUACCAGUCCAGUUGUCAAGGGAAGUUGCACAGGAGCAUAUCCUGGGCAGAAUCGGCGGUGGUGCUGGAGGAAGGGAGCCCCUCGGAAACGGAGCUAAAGGAAAGCGAGUCCCCAGCCGAGUCUCCGGAGAGUGAGGACAUCGAGACUUCAUGUUCUGAACAAGGCCUGAGCGAGGAAAGGUUUGGUAAACCCCAGGAGUCUUAUAGCAGGUCCUCCUCAACCUCCAGCCAAGAAGAGAAAUCUCUGAUGUCAGAAGGCCUGGUGGAGGGAGGAAUUCCCAUUGGGAGAGUCCUGCCCUCCGAGGACGGCCGAACGCUGGAGGAGCUUUCCUUCCAGCCAUCCCAGCCGCUCAGCAAGUCGAGUUCUUCCCCCGAGCUACAGACACUGCAGGAGGUCCUCAAGGAUGCAAACGGCAGGGAAGUGACGAGGAGGCUGAGCACAGAAGUGAAAUCAAAAUCCCAGUCUGGGAACCUGGAAGGGGAAGGGCUGGGCAGUUGGCUGGGCAAGGGGGAGGAUGCCCGAGCGAGCGGGGCAGGCGGGUUGGAUGGCAGUGGCCCUGUCACCUCGCCUCGCUCCCCCUCUGGGCACCGGCCCCGAGGAUACACCAUCUCUGACUCAGCCCCAUCAAGGAGGGGGAAGAGGAUCGAGAGAGAUGCCUUCAAGAGCAGAACAGCAGCCUCCAACGCUGAGAAAGUACCUGGGAUAAACCCAAGCUUUGUGUUUUUACAGUUGUACCACUCCCCAUUCUUUGGAGAUGAAAACAACAAGCCGCUUUUGUUGCCAAAUGAGACGUUUGAAAGAUCGGUGCAGCUCCUGGAUCAAAUUCCUUCUUACGACACCCACAAGAUCGCAGUGCUCUACGUUGGGGAAGGCCAGAGCAACAAUGAGAUUGCGAUUCUGUCAAAUGAACACGGAUCCUACCGCUAUACAGAAUUCCUGACCGGGUUAGGGAAGCUCAUCGAGCUCAAAGACUGUCAGCCAGAUAAAAUUUACCUUGGUGGCCUGGACGUGUGUGGGGAGGAUGGACAGUUCACCUACUGUUGGCACGACGACAUCAUGCAAGCCAUUUUCCACAUUGCUACUCUGAUGCCCACAAAGGAUUUGGAUAAAUACCGCUGUGACAAGAAAAGGCACCUUGGGAAUGAUUUUGUUUCUAUCGUUUACAAUGAUUCUGGAGAAGAUUUUAAACUGGGAACAAUAAAGGGUCAGUUCAAUUUCGUGCAUGUCAUCAUCACACCGCUUGACUAUGAGUGUAACCUGGUGACGCUGCAGUGUCGGAAAGACAUGGAGGGUCUCGUAGACACGAGUGUCGCUAAGAUCAUCUCUGAUAAGAACCUGCCUUUUGUAGCCCGUCAGAUGGCCUUGCACGCUAACAUGGCUUCCCAGGUUCAUCACAGUCGAUCAAACCCUACUGACACCUACCCAUCCAAAUGGAUUGCAAGGCUGCGUCACAUCAAGAGGCUACGCCACCGGCUGCGUGAAGAAACCCAGUACCAGACUCCUGGCCUUCCCCUGCAGAUGCACCCGUCCGCUCCCACGAAGCCGCCUCCCCAGGCGCCUCAGGACCCUCCUCCCACCUACGAGACCGGGCAGAGGAAGCGGCUCAUCUCCUCGGUGGACGACUUCACCGAGUUCGUGUAGCUCCCGGCGGGUCGGCGUCUCCGUCCUGGGACAGUGGAGGCAGCGGAAGCCGGGACGGAGGGCAGGGGGGCUGGGCGGGCGCCGCGUGGCCCUGCUGCUCCCCGGGGACGCGGCGGGGGGGCUGGAGCCUUUCGCUGCCUCAGCCCGCCGCGCGCGUCCCAGGAGGAGGCUGUCUUCCCCAGCAGAUGCUCCAGGAGAGGACCAGCGCUACGUGUUUCGUUUUUAUUUGGUUUGAGCUAUUUCAAGGCUUCCGUCACCGAUGGGAACUCUCUUGCAGAACCUUUCUUUGGACUCCUUCCACGCUGGCCUCCGGUGGAAGCAGACAAAGCCUGAUAUUCUGUAGGUCGUCACGUAGUUGGAAGGCGCAGGAAUUGCGGGAAUUUUGACGACUUUAUUGGCAAUGAAAUAUGAAGUGCUGAAAUCCAGUCACUGUUUCUAAGCACCCUGGAAUCCCAGCUCCUCUCCAGGCCUUGGUGCCGCUCGGCACUUGAACUCUUCAGGCUCUCGGGCUCAUCCUGCUGCCAGCUCUGCUAAAAGUUAAUGUGGGUUCCUGAGUGACCCGCCAGACGUGCUGCUUAAAUUCCCAACGAUUUGUCUCCGUUUUGAGAGAUUGACAGCGAACCCUCCCUCAUUGAGCAGAAAUGAUUUCGCUGCCAGAAGUGACACGGAGCAGGGAGGUGGGUGCCGCCCGCCAGAGCAGCGGGACGGCAGAGAGCUGGGCCACGGAUCGCUUGGGAUGAAGGGUCUGACUUGGAGGAUCGAGCCAGAGGCCAGACCCGGCUUUUGGAGGCUCAGCCGCAGGAUUUCCCCUGGUUGCAGCGCGGCGGGGGGGGGUACCGCUUGCCCUCCCCUGUGCACCCGGUAAAUCCCCUUUUGAAAGACUGUUGCCAUGUCUCGGGGCAUCACCUCUCCGCGAGUUUUGCCUGUUGCACUAACGCCCAGUGACAGUCGCUCCUGGGACCUCGGCGGCGACGGUCCUGGCCGUGCAGCGCGUGUGCCGCUGCCGGGGGGGUCACGCAGCCCAUCCUGCGCGGAGAUGGUCGUCAGACACUACACUACCAAACCGGGAGGGAGAAACCCCGGAAGCUGGAUUAUACUGUGAGUACUUCAUCUCCUGCUUUUGUCAAUAAACGGGGAGCGUGGCUUUUUGGCAACAGGUAACAGCAGCGCCCUUGCGAGGGAGAUGAAGACAAGUGCAAUCUGCACCCGGAACUGUGAAGUGACAGGCGAGGGGGCGAAAGCGACGCUACGAGCUUGUGCAGGGCUGUUGGGGAACUCUAAGUGUACGUUGUGUUUUGAGUGUUUCUGAGUCGUAAAGGAAAUAAAAUAUUCGUGUGGUCAGUGGGUUCUUGCUGGCCUGGGAAGAUUCAAA